GUUAUGGUUAGUUGUUUAUGCCCGCUGCACUGUAAACUUCCAGUAACUUUUCAGUUGAUUCUGUUUAAUCCCUUGUUUAGUUAUUACCGUUCUAAAUUUUCAUAACCCUGGUUUUAUUGCGGUGCGUGAAAAUGGUAUCCUCGAUCGACUUGACACAUUCAAUGUAAAAUGUUAGUCAAGUGAGGUGUGAGGUUUUUCGCGUGUGAGAGGUAAUGGUGUAGUACUUGUCACAUCACAAUGGAUCAGAAGAAAGGGAAAACCAGCAAAACCAAACAAAAUUCGAAGAACAAGAAAGCUGCCGAGCCAGAGCAGAUUCCUGAAAUUCUAGUUCCUGAGCCAGAGAUUUUUACUGAUUCUGAAGAGGAGGAAGAAGCAAUCGUAUCAGCUGCCUCCGUUGUCGCUUACGGUGAAUGCAUCGGAGUUGAAAAUAUCAAUGAAGAAAUUGCCGCCAGUUUAGCAGAAGAUGUGACUUAUAGAUUGAGAGAAGUCAUUCGGAACUGUGCGAUCUUAUUGAAGAACACGAAGCAGAAGAAACUAUUGGUCAGCCAUCUUAACGAUGUAUUGGAAGUAUAUGAAGCUCCCCCUCUUUAUGGACAUGCUUACUUUCAUGAAUCCAACUUCAUUUAUGUUCCUGCUGCAGGAGUGUUUGUACCACAAGAGCACACCGUCAGUCUAGUUCCUCUCGCCACCUCUAAAACUCCAAUUUCUCAGCCUAAAGAACCAUCCAUAGAAGGCUCAUGGAUCCAACCUGAGACGUCCAAAAAGAUUAGCGAAGUAGAAUUAACUUCUGAUUCGGAAGAAAUGUGUGAAAAGUCACCGCCAUUGGUGGCAGAUGUUGGGCAUGAACCGUUCAUUGUGAAAAAUGAGGAGAAAUUCUCGGCGCGCAGCGAAUCUCGCCUACCUCCUCAUGCUCAAAAAUACUGCAUUCAUGUAGCAAAGGUCAUCCUGAAAUGUCACGAGCCUCAUCUGGAUGUUGUGAUCAAAGACAUUCGCAAAAACCCUCGUGUGAGUGCCGUGUCCCCAUAUCUUCUGAACCUGGUGACUUUAUCUGUGAACGCGCUAGACCGUCGAGCAACUCUGACUUACGCUUUGUUGAGGGUGGUUGAAGCCCUUGUUCAGAAUCCUUAUGUAAAUCCCAGUUACUCCCACUCGGUGAAACGAGCUGUAAAUGCUUUGCUCGUAAUUGCUAUUGAACCUAAUAUCAUGCCCAACUGUGAUGAUCUAAUUUUAAGGAAGAGAGCCUCUCUACUGUUAAGAAAUGUUCUACAAUCGUGGCUGGUUGAUCUGAAGCAGCAGAACGACAUUAUAAAAAUUUUGGAAGGAGUACUGUGUCCAAAUAUUUCUCUAGCUUCACACUAUGGUGCCUUAAUACUUCUGACCGUACUUGGUUACUGUACCAAAGUCUUCUUUUUCUAUACAAUUUUGAAAAGAUAUCUACCACUUUUGCUCGACAUUGAAGCUAAAGCUGUAUCAGACGAUGCAAUACAAGUCAACCAUAUAAAAGGAGCUCUACUGUUAGCGGCCGAAUCAAUGUACCGCCAAGACUUAAAUGCAGAGCUAUCUGCUGAGGAAUUAAAGUGCUGGAAAAAGAUAGAUGAAAUCCUGUAUGCUUAUUUUGGCGACACCAUUUGUUUAAGACGGCUCUAUUGUCCAUUGAUGGCCAUUCCAAGUGACCAGUCAGUUUUCCCAAUCAACAAACCUUACCUUGAUGGCGAACAUCUACCUACGAAAGAAUCAAAACCGACAUCAUCCUCAGAUACAUCUUUCUUCAAAGAUGCAGUUACGCCAAGUUCCAAAAUGCUUGCCCGCAGGUAUAAACCUGUAUCAACAUUCCUGGCCCAAUGGCCAAUGAAGCGAAAAAACCAUUUGCCAGAACGUAUUUUUGAAAAUUUCAAGAGGUUGAACCCAUUCAGAAGCCAGUUUUAUUUUAAUUUUAUUGGUUCUAGUCAAAUCCCCUAUGAAAGGAUAAAGGCUCGAAAACUGUCUCUCUCACAUCCAAUUUUUAAUCCUGCUAAACUCAGAUCUAAUAAAAUUGUUGGUAAGGAAACGAGAAAAAUCAAGUUUUGCACACCUACCUAUAAGAAAUCAAGUUGUGGAGAUCUCUAUAUCAAUAUCUGAAAGAUUUCUUAUCCUCAAUUUUAAGUUUGUGAUAAAACGAAGGUAUUAGAAGCGUUUACACAACUGACCACUGGACAAAGCGCGAAUUUAAGCAUUUUGAUAAAUGUUUCUGCUUCAAAAUUUCAAGGAAAACACGAUUUGUUUAACGAAAAUUACCAAAAUGAACCUAUAACCAAGGUAUAAAAACUUUUAUUCUGCAUUGAUCACAAAAAAUUAAAUUUACCGUUCACAAAAAAACGAGUGUCCACUUAAAACAAAUUUCGCUCUACAACAGUUUUGUCAGGUUCCUCAUUCCUCAAUAAGCAGUGUUCCACCAUGUAUUCUUUGAAGUGAAAACAGCAUGUAAUAGCUAAGCCAAAGCGCUGAUAUUGUGUUGUCAUAUUUUCAUACUACAAAGACUGUCUUGGUAACGAUUAAUGUACAAUUUAACUCUAAUUUUUAUUAGGAGUUACUUUUAGUAAUUUUUGUUGUACAAAUCGUGUUUCCUGUGAAAUUUUGAUAAGUCAUAAUGCUUUAAUUCAUACUUUACCUACUGGUCGAUUCAUUAAGUUUUAUUUCAUUGUCAUGAGGAUCAAAUUUUUUGACCAAGGCCUAGCUGGGUGGAUGGUUUUAAAUAGAAUGUUAAUUCACAGAGGCUUUUUCGGAAACUCAGAUCCAUCAUCAGAAUGAUGAGAAUAUGAUACAACAAUAGAGUAAACCGAAAAUUUAAAAGUUGUUCAAGUGAUAACGAGUGGUCAGUACUAGUUGGUGAUAUGACAGCCUGGCAAAUCUUGAUGAUUAGAGAAUCUCUCAUUUAUCUCAUUGACAUUUCAUAAAAACACUUGCAGUUAAUCCUCGGUCAAAACAUGUUCUCAUUAUUAGAAACUUAGUGCAGUAUUGUGGAUUUUGCCAAAAACAGGGAAGCUGUGUUUUCUCCCUGAUUUACUUUUAUUUUAAAAAAAUUGACCAGAAUAUAUUUUACUGAUAGCAAAAAUAAGAAUAGUUUAUCGUUCAGUCUAGACCAAUCUACACAGGUCAGUUAUUCUGGCGAGCAAGUUGCACGUUGGCAGUAGAAAGUUUAAAUUCACAGUGACGGACCUGUGCGGAUCGGUUUUGAAUUCGGUGUGAUCAGAAGGAGAAAAUAAAAUACAUGUCUGAAUAAUUGAGUUACUGCCGCUUAAAUUCCUCUUAUUCAACUUGGAUUUUACCUAUGGAAAUUUGCUUCCAUCAGUAUUACUCCCUCUGACUUGUUAUUCAUGAUUUGCAAUUAGAGGUAGAAAUAAAUUUUACUUUCAGAAAGUUCCAAGUAACUACUUUUGAACGAAUGGCAAAAACCUGAUUCAGAUAUGUAUUAAUACAAGUAUUCUCAGGUCAAUGAUUGUUAAAACGUUUUACACUUCUAACUUCAAUUUUUUUUUUAUUUGUUAUUUAUUUUUAAAGUUAUCAUUGCUACUCUCAGGGCAUUGUCUCCAUCUCACAUUCAGGGGUCAUUCAUAAAAUACGUAACUUAUCGGGAGAGGAGGUCUGAGCCUGCUUUCCUGAUGCUUCUAAGGAGGGGGGGGGGGUUUCAGGGACGUGUUGUGUAACACGAAUCCUUCGAAAAUCUAAGAUAAAAAAGCAACUUAUAAUGGCCAUUUUCCAUCCAAAAUUCACCACAAAAUGGUCAUCAAGUGAGGUUAUGGCGAUGGGAGAGGUUACAAAAAUCCAAUUUUCAGCGUUUCAUAUUUUAUGAGCGGCUCCUGCAGUCCCAUGGCCGAGCUUAAAUGGCUAAUUUUAAAGCCUACCCUUUGUGAAAGGAAUUAACAGCAUUUAUGAAUAAUAAUGAAAAUGCUAGACAUUUUUUGGAACCUCCCAAAAAAUUGUAGCCACCUCACAUCACUUAGGUAUGCAUCUCUUUGUACAGUUGUCGUUACGCAUCAAUGUAUUAAGUUAUUUCCAACUUCCUUAAAUAAUAAUUUUGAUUUUUUUAUA